GCCUGUCAAGCCCAUGGCUGUCGUGCGAAAAAUGAGAUUUGACGCUCCAGUCUGUGGGCCUGAUUUUGUGUGCCCAUGAAGUAUGGAAAUUGACACAAGGGGAAUUUCACCAUCUGGCAUAGGAAACAGGCAGAAUGGAUCUCAGCUUCACAAUGAAGAUGAUCUUCCAGAAUCAUCAGUGGCUGAACAACCUUCCACCUCUACAGAAACUGCACCAGCCUCUCAAAUGGAGGCAUCUUUACCUGAAGAAGAUACUUCACCUCCACCUUACUGUAGUAUUGCUGCAGAAGCAGCUGCAACAGCAGAAAUGGAAUCGCCUAAUGACUUUUACCCUGUGCCACCUCCAUACAGUGUAGCUACCUCUCUUCCCACUUACGAUGAAGCGGAGAAGGCCAAAGCUGCAGCAAUGGCAGCUGUUGCAGCAGAAGCAGCAGCAGCUCAAAGACACGGCCAAUUUAGGGAGUCUAGGAGUCUGUUUGAUGAAAUAUUCCUGAGCCCACCAGAGGAAGAAGAGUAUCCCCCAAGGGAUGAUUUCAGUGACGCAGACCAGCUUCGCGUGGGCAAUGAUGGCAUCUUCAUGUUGGCUUUUUUCAUGGCAUUCAUUUUCAACUGGAUUGGAUUUUGCUUAUCGUUCUGCAUAACGAACACCAUAGCAGGAAGAUAUGGUGCCAUCUGUGGAUUUGGGCUGUCUCUGAUCAAAUGGAUUCUCAUUGUUCGAUUCUCCGAUUACUUUACUGGUUAUUUCAAUGGACAAUACUGGCUUUGGUGGAUAUUUCUUGUACUUGGGCUCCUCCUAUUUUUCCGAGGUUUUGUUAAUUACCUGAAAGUCAGAAACAUGUCUGAAAGUAUGGCAGCUGCUCAUAGAACAAGAUUUUUCUUCUUGUACUAGAGACUGCAUCGACCAGACAUUCCUUUCUCAUACCAAUGUGAACUUCCAGCCAAUCUGUAACCUUCCAAGCGAAUAGGGAAAGACGACUACUAGACAGGAGAUAAAUCUGAAGCAGGAUCUUUUUGCCGCUUAGGGAAUGACAGGGUGGUCUGUGCUUAAGUGCCAUUUCUGUUCAUUCCACUAAAUAUUUAUAUUAAGCAUUGCCUUUUGUCUUGCACAUAUGCAUAUGUGCUAAUUUAACAAGAACUUUAAAAAGAAUAAAUUCCAUGCAUAUGGUCUGCUAAGCAGUUGAAUACAGCCAGACUUGACUAAUUUGUGUUUUGUAUCUGGAAGAUUUAAAGUGGUAACUUGUUUUCACAGUAUUAUGUACUAUCUACUUAACAGAAUUUCAUUAAGUACAAGUAAUUUGUACCGAAUGACUCACAGUAAGCCACUCAGACUCUGUUAGUAUGUAAAUUGCAUUCAUCCAAUUAUGCACAUAAAAACUGCUCUAUCACAUGAUAUGUACUUCUGUAAACACACAUUGAAAAGCUGUUGAGGGCUAACCAAGGUUUCCCUAGUGCACCUCUCUUACACUGGUGUGAAUUUGGGUCCACCCCCCCCCCCCCACAUAGAUAUGGGCCCUAAAAGCAGUAGCCUUAAUCACUGCCAUUUUAAGCCCAAUUUGAACAGAUUCUUAAAGUAAGCAUACAAA